UGUGCUUUACAUGAAUUUAACGGAAGAUAAACACAGACACGUUUACCUUUGCAUCAGUAGCCACCAUGGAAAACUAUGACAAGUCCUUGCUUAAUGCUAUGCCCGGCACUAGCCCAGAUUUCAGAGGGAAUGAUGGGUCCUUGCUGGCGGUGUUAAAAACACUGCUGUUCUUCACCAUCCUGAUGGUAACAUUGCCAAUAGGGUUAUAUUUUGCCACAAAGACGUAUUUGUUCGAAGCUUCAUUGGGCUACUCCAGUAACGACAGUUAUUUCUAUGCUGCCAUCGUGGCAGUGGUGGUCGUGCACAUGGUUUUGGCGCUCUUCGUCUAUGUCGCGUGGAAUGAAGGAUCGCGGCAGUGGAGAGAGGGGAAACAGGACUAAUCGCCAGGAGUCUGUAAAGAGGAAACACACACAUAUGUAAGCUCAGUUGUAUGCCCAUUUCUCUGCACAUGGAGGUUUCAGAGCAUUGGGACAAUGUUUGUGCGGUUUGAAUAUAAUCCAGAGGCCGUUAUGCUGAGGACUGAAACUGAGAUAAACGCUCUUUGAGGUGGCUGUUGGCAUGUGUGUUUUUGUGGAGACUGUGACUCUACUUUCUCCAGGUAUAAUUUAAUCAGUUUAGAGAAUAGGAGAGAAUAAAUACAUGUAAGAGCAAGGCUAGUGAUACGAUAUAAGACAUCAUACAACUUUAAUUAGGAGUCAAAAAGUGUACACUAAUGUUGAAAUGUAGAGCAGUUUGGGCUCCUAGUGCAGUGUUUUCUUCCUCAGAAGACUCUUAAAAUGUUCUUUCCCUCCUGUAUUUUGCUCCAGUGCUGUUGCAUAACAGUUCAUACACACAGACAGUUUUGUGGAAUUUCAUGUCUCAAGUAGAUCUGUAUCAGUGAUCUAACUGUCUUAGCAUCCAAUCACAAUCAAGUUUUCCAUGAUCAAGGAAGCCAGUCAGUUCCUCCAUAUCCUUGAGUGUUCUGUUAUUCAAGUAUUUCAACUGGCACUGUCUCAUUUCCCUUUGUCUCAUUUCAUCAGAUCUUAUUCCUCAUCGUUUGUUUUAAACUCAUUUGGGAACGUUUAACAGCAGUGUUUGACAGCUUUUUUGGCGGCUGCUGCUGAUAAACCAAAAAUGAACUAAUAUACAACUGUGAAGUUGGUUUCAACUGUUUUUGCACA